AGUUUCUUGCAUGUGAAUAUCGGACCCUGUCCUCAGCCAUUCACCACUACACAGUAGAAAAGGUUAACGCGCACCGCGGAGCGAGAAAAUUGUUUCUUUGAAACAUCGAGUUUAUUUUACCCUGUCGAUUUUACAUCCUGGAUUCGACCGACCCUUUCCCAAUGGAUUUGUUUAUAUUUAAAACUUGUUUUUAGCCCGUGCAAUUUUGUUGCAUUGGGGGGCUGGUACACACAAAAGCAACGCAAACUCUUGGUGCGGUGGACAUCGAAGGCCUUGGGACAUUUGGCUCGUUGUGUUGUGCUAUCAUCUUUUUAAAUGUUCGCAAAGGAAAAUAGGUUAAAAAGGAGAACAUCUGGUGUGUUUCUUUUUAAUUAAAGGAAUAUGUUUGCUUCCUGUCUGACUUUUGCACUUCUGGGAACUUUUUGUGCAGGACCAAGCCAUGGAGAGGUGGACACACAGGAGUGCUUGUUCUAUAACAUCAACUAUGAGAUUGAGAAGACCAACCAGAGUGGGGUAGAGCGCUGCGAGGGUGAGAAGGACAAGCGGUCGCACUGCUACGCCUCAUGGCGAAACAACUCUGGUACCAUAGAGCUGGUGAAGAAGGGCUGCUGGCUGGAUGACUUCAACUGCUAUGACAGGCAAGAGUGUGUGGCGACAGAGGAGAAUCCUCAGGUGUUCUUCUGUUGCUGCGAGGGGAACUUCUGCAACGAGAGGUUCACUCACCUGCCUGAUAUCAACGGACCAUUGAUCAAGUCGCCUCCCCCCAUGCCCACACUACUCAAUGUGCUGGUCUACUCACUGCUGCCCAUCACCAUGCUCUCCAUGGCCCUGCUGCUGGCCUUCUGGAUGUACCGCCACCGCAAGCCACCCUAUGGCCAUGUGGACAUCAAUGAGGAUCCCGGCCUCGUUCUCCCUCCCUCCCCCCUGGUAGGUCUCAAACCCCUGCAGUUGCUGGAGAUUAAGGCCAGGGGGCGCUUUGGCUGUGUGUGGAAGGCCCAGAUGAUGAACGACUACGUGGCUGUCAAGGUCUUCCCCAUUCAGGAUAAACAGUCGUGGACGAACGAGCGGGACGUGUUCCUAACACCGGGGAUGAAGCACGAGAACCUGCUGCGCUACAUCGCCGCCGAGAAGCGCGGGACCAACCUGGAGAUGGAGCUGUGGCUCAUCUCUGAGUUCCACGAGAGGGGCUCCCUGACGGACUAUCUGAAAGGAAAUGCAAUCAGCUGGACUGAGCUGUGCCACAUCGCUGAGACCAUGGCCUGCGGGCUGGCCUACCUGCACGAAGACGUGCCUCGCUACAAAGGAGAGGGACCCAAACCGGCCAUUGCUCACAGGGACUUCAAGAGUAAGAAUGUGAUGCUGCGGAAGGACCUGACGGCCAUCAUCGGGGACUUUGGGCUGGCGGUGCGGUUCGAGCCGGGCAAGCCCCCAGGGGACACUCACGGCCAGGUGGGUACCAGGCGCUACAUGGCGCCGGAGGUCCUGGAAGGUGCCAUCAACUUCCAGCGGGACGCCUUUCUCAGGAUAGACAUGUACGCCAUGGGCCUGGUGCUGUGGGAGCUGGUGUCGCGCUGCAAGGCGGCCGACGGCCCAGUGGAUGAGUACAUGCUGCCAUUUGAGGAGGAGAUCGGCCAGCACCCGUCCCUGGAGGACUUACAGGAGGUGGUGGUCCACAAAAAGAUGAGACCGGUCUUCAAGGACUGCUGGCUCAAACACGUUGGCCUGGAGUCUAUGUGUGAGACGAUAGAGGAGUGCUGGGACCAUGACGCGGAGGCGCGCCUCUCUGCUGGCUGCGUGGAGGAGCGCAUCUCGCAGAUCCGCCGGCUGACCAGCCCCCCUACCUCGGACUGCCUGGUCUCCAUGGUGACCUCUGUCACCAACGUGGACUUGCCACCCAAAGAGUCCAGUAUCUGAGUCUCAACCCGACCACCACCAACCCUCCCAUCGCAGAGCGACAAGCAAGCAAGCAUACAAAACAACCACUCUUCUUCUUAAGCCUCAGCGGAUCUCAGAAAAAAAACAUGAAUGCAGCUGCUAUUUUAUCCUGAACUUUUUUUAAUGAUUAAUUAUUAUUAUUUUUAUUUGAUUUCCGAUCGGAUCACUAUUACCAGCACACUUCUUCUAUACUGUUUUUUUUUUAUCAAUACAGGACAAAAAAAGCUAAAUGGAAAUCUCAAAAGCGCAUUCAGGUGCCGACUUAUGAAUGCUGACAAGGUGCAGGUACCUCAGAUGUUUUCAGCUCUCAGUAGUUUCUUUGGGUUUAGUUUAUUCCUCUUUUUCUGUCUUCUGGACAGGAUUGCCUGUGACAGAACCAACCAACUCACCCACCAACCAAGCACCCAUCUACCACGUUGGACAAAUACAACAAUGCUGCAUAAACCUUGUAGGAACAUUAAGACUGUUACACACAACUAACCUUCCUCAAGGGAUUUUAGUUUUCAGAAAACGUUUCCUUUCCGACAGCGUGUCCCAUACAAACCUUCGGAACUAACGGGUGUCUCUAGAACACAGGGCAAAGUGGAAAACAACUGGACUCAUUUCUUUUAAGUUUUUUCUGUGUUCAGCCUGGUGACUAUGGAUGGGGUUGGCUACAGCAUUCUUAUGAGUGCAUGUUGAAAAGUUCAAAAGGAAAUGGCUUACAUUCAGAGAUUGGACAUCACAUCAUCUGGAUAGUGCAUUUGGUAUGGAACUACUUCUCAGGUAACCAGUCUCAAGGGGCAGGAGAUGUUGAUUUGAGGUGAUAUCGCAACGCGUCCCGUAAAAGUAGGGCGAGAGCCACAACUGCUGCCCUUGAGUGGUCGGGCGGGGGCAAACUUUAGUGGGGGGGGCUUUUCUGACUUGGUUCAGAGCCUUUUUAUCUGAGAUCAAAAUGGAGUCUAAACACAGAACGUGCCCAAACGACCACAAAAAAACACAAUCGGUGCAAGACCCUGGGGAAGAUAUGUAUGCAUUUUGGGUUUGCGUGUGUUUGCGUGUGACUACUUGUGCAGUGAGAGUGACUGUGUAUGUGUGUGUAGCGGAGAGGGAUGGAGAUUAAGACCAUAAAAAGUUUCAGCCGUAAACAUCUGAAGAUAAGUUAAAUGUAUUUUUGUUCAGUUUUUUUUUUUCUCCUGCUUUAUUUCAGUCAGUAGAUUGGACAUUGGGAGCUAAGGACCUAGACUCUUCUCCAGAGGCCCAUCCUAGGCCUCAGCAAAAGCCUAUAUCCUUCACUAGUGUUGAGCGGGAGGGAAUACAGUUGAAUCAUCACUGCCUGGUCCCUUUGUUAUUUACCUCUUUCGCACAGGGACCAACUAUGUUUGUACCGGGUAGGUCCUGCAUUGUAGAACCGUUUUUGACAGGGCACCGAGCGUAACAAGCGGUUUAAACUUAACUUCAUUACGAUUAGUUACACGUUCUCAUUCAUUGGAAGGAAAAAAAGAAACUGAAAACGAACAUGGAACUUUUUUUGUCUUAAAAGUGGCACGCAAGAAACCACAUUUCCGUAUGCCAUAAUGUAACAGUGAAUGUCCACAAUGCUGCUGUUUCAACUCAAAGAUGAAUAUAUUUCUGUGUUCCUUUUUUUCUGUGCAUUACACGUGCAACUCUCAGUAGUAAAGGAAACAUGCAUAAAACAGCAAAAGUCAUGUCUACCAACGUACAAGGCUUCCGAGGUGAACAAUAAAAUCUAGUAGAUAAAACAUAAAACGAAACGCAAAAAAAACAAAAAACAUUAAUGAACCACAGACCACCUCAAACCAGAAAUACCUCAGAUUUUUCUAUGUGUAUGAGUUCUGUUAUAUAUUUUGUUAGUUGUGUUGACUUGUAUUAAGUAUAUUUUAAUGUGAGUUUUUUUGGCUUAUAUGAUUAGGGAGUUUUGGAAAAAUAGUGCUACCGCAACAUGUAUAAAUGAAAGAAAAUAGUGUAAAUAGCUGUAUACAGUUGUAGUAUUCUACCAAUAUAUGACACCUAGGCAUUAUUCAUGAUUUGUGCUGCCCCCCCCCCCUCUCCGUUACCUAAA